AUGAGAGUGUUGAGACUGCGGGUGUUCAACAACCGUGGUGUCUACGAGGACGAAGACUUUUACGACGAUGACUACUAUGACGACAUCCCCACCACCUUCAGCGACUCCACCAGUGAGUACUCUCGCCGCGGUGGCUACGGCGGCGGCCUGAGUCGGCGCAACCGUCGUUCUGAAUACUCCGACUCCGACUCUGACGACUCUUGGGACGAGGGACGGCGUCGAAACCACAUCAACUCCUACGGAGGCGGCCGAUCUAACCAGCGCACCAAUUCUACCCGGGGUGGUCUGGGGUGGGAAGACGACCUAUACGACCGACGCGGCGGCGGCUACGACGACGUUGACCGCGUGGGCCUGCGGAUGGCAUCUACCCGGCUUGACGGCCCACUGAGACCGCCAGCAUCUUCGAAACCGAACUUUGGCGGCGCUGCCAAAACCAAUGCCACCCAGGCCAUCGCGCUCUACACGUUCAAGGGCGAGCAAGGCGGCGAUCUCCCGUUUGCCAAGGGCGACGUCAUCGACAUCGUGGAAAAGUCGAACUCCACGGACGAUUGGUGGACCGGCAGAAUCAACGGCCAGGUGGGGAUUUUCCCCGCCAACUACGUUGAGCUCAUUUGA